AUGACCCGGUGUCAUGAUGGAGAGGCAGUAACGGGGUUGGACUCAGAGUCUGAAAUUUCGGAUGAUGAGGAUCCAGACUAUUGUGCAGGUGGCAGUGGCAGUCGUCCACCUGGAAAUCCAACUGAACAGGAUCAAUCCGACUCAGAAGAUUCCUCUUCUGUGUCCUCAGAAGAAGAAAUUGUCCAAAUAAUGCCCAACAGAAUGAGUCGGAAGGGCUCUUACUGGAGCGAGUUACCUCCCCCCCAGGGCAGAACACAGAGCCCCAAUAUCCUAAGAAGUCGGCCAGGGCCUGCACAAGGGCUUAGCACCGUCUCACCAAAAGAUGCAUGGGAGCUCUUUAUCACUGAUGAUAUAACACAAGAGGUGAUGAAGUGCACAAAUUUGGAAGGACGGAGAGUAGCAACAGCUAGAGGAAAAGAAUGGAAGAAUGUCACCAAAGAUGAGUUCAUGGCCUUCAUUGGAUUGACCCUGCUUGCAGGAAGUGAGAAGAACUGGGAUGUUUCAGUCCGUGAGCUGUUUGGGAGUCCUCUGAAUAAUCCCAUGUACAAGGCCACUAUGGCUGUUGGAAGAUUUGAAGACAUUCGCCGUACCUUGCGCUUCGAUGAUAAGAGGACCAGAGCCUUCCGACUGGAAACAGACCAUAUGGCAGCCUUCCGUUAUGUUUGGGACCUGUUCCUGGUCAACUGCAGACAGCGAUUCAUCCCCAGUGAUUGUGUCACUGUGGACGAACAGCUUGUGCCAUUCAGGGGUAGGUGCAAGUUUGUACAGUACAUGCCAAGCAAGCCCGCCAAGUACGGCAUAAAGAUCUUCUGGGUUUGUGAUGCACGCAUCCCCUAUGCAAUAGAUGGUAUAGUUUACACGGGGAGACAACCAGGGGAAGAAGUUCAGAAGAAUCUGGGGGAAAACAUUGUCCAGCAGUUGUGUAGUAGAUUUAGAAACACAGGUCGCAACAUCACCAUGGAUAACUUUUUCACCAGUGUGCCUCUUGCGCAGCAUCUCCUGGAGAAGGAUCUCACUAUUGUGGGGACUCUACGUCAGAACAAGCCAGACAUCCCUCCUCUGAUUAAGCCUUCCAAGUCCAGGGAGGUUCACAGCACAGAGUUCGGAUUCAACGACAGCCUUACCAUGGUCAGCUAUGUCAGAAAGAAAGGAAAAGCUGUUGUGCUCCUGAGCACGAUGCACCACGACAAAGUAGUGGAUGAAAAUAGCAGAAAGAAAAAACCAGAAAUAAUCACAUUUUACAAUAAGUUGAAAGGAGGUGUAGACACCACUGACCAGAUGGUUGGCACCUACACCUGCAAGCGCCAAACACAGAGGUGGCCCAUGGUGCUGUGGUACAACAUAAUUGACAUUGCCACCCUGAAUGCCUACACCUUUUUCACGGCUCAGCACCCAGAAUUCAAGAGCGGCAUCACCAAUGCACGACGGCUCUUCCUCAAAGAGCUGUCAAAGGAGCUUGUCACACCACACAUGAGAAGUCGACUGGAAGGAUGCCCCCAACUGCAAACCCCGAUUAUUGAAGCAAUGGAAAGGACACGGAUCCUCGUGAAGUAG